AUGGAUGGGGACAAGGAGGGUACUGGUGAGGCUCAAGUGCUGGAAGGUACUUCGACGCCAUGGCAGCCGAGGCAGCUAGCUUUCAAGCCAUAUCAACCUUCUCACCGGUUGCAAACUGAGCGCGCUGUUGUAAAGAGACCUUUGGUGGCAAGAUUGACCAAAGACAUAGUUGAAACUUAUAAAAAGUGCAAUCCCCAAUUUAAAUAUUCAGAAGACUUAAAUCCGAAGAGAUAUUUGACCAGUCCAUCAAUUGGAGUUCUCAAUGAUGGCCAUGAUAAUCUAAACUCGGACCUUAUUUUGAGCGUGAAUUGCCCCUUGAUCAAUGUCGAGACUCAAAGAAGAUACGUUGUCAAAGAUGUCCUUGGCCAUGGGACUUUUGGCCAGGUUGCUAAAUGUUGGGUUGCGGAAACUAACAGUUUCGUUGCUGUAAAGAUAAUAAAAAACCAACCAGCUUAUUAUCAACAAGCACUUGUUGAAGUAUCUAUUUUGACAACGCUAAACAAGAAGUACGAUCCUGAAGAUAAGCAUCAUAUUGUUCGUAUCUAUGAUUACUUUGUCCAUCACCGGCACCUGUGCAUUUGCUUUGAAUUGCUCGACACAAACUUGUAUGAACUUAUCAAGAUAAAUCAAUUUAGGGGGCUAUCUUUGAGCAUUGUGCAAUUAUUUUCCAAACAGAUCUUACGUGGAUUGGCGUUGUUAAAAGAUGCUGGUAUAAUCCACUGUGAUCUGAAACCAGAAAAUGUUCUUUUGUGCACAAGUUUGAAGCCAGCAGAAGUUAAGAUAAUUGACUUCGGAUCAGCCUGCAUGGAGGAUCGUACAGUCUACUCUUACAUCCAGAGUCGUUAUUACCGGUCUCCUGAAGUUCUUCUAGGGUAUCAAUAUACUACUGCAAUCGAUAUGUGGUCCUUUGGAUGCAUCGUUGCAGAAUUGUUUCUAGGGUUGCCUCUCUUCCCUGGGGCCUCAGAGUUCGAUUUGUUAAGGCGAAUGAUUGAAAUACUUGGACGACAACCUCCUGAUUAUGUACUGAAGAAUGCAAAGAACACCGGCAAAUUCUUCAAAUGUAUUGGCAGCAUUUGCAACUUAGAGGGUGUGGAGGCCUUCGGUGGCAGAACUGCUUAUCAAGCACUAACUAUAGAAGAAUAUGAAGCUAGAGAAAUGAAGAAACCAGCUAUGGGGAAGGAAUAUUUUAACCGUAUGAACCUUGAGGCUAUUGUGACAAACUAUCCCUACCGGAAGAACUUGGCACAAGAAGAUGUUCUGAAAGAAAGCCAAAUACGAUUAGCUCUGAUUGAUUUCUUGAAGGGACUUGUUGAGUUUGAUCCUGCGAAAAGGUGGUCGCCUUUUCAGGCCUCGAAGCAUCCUUUUGUUACAGGAGAACCAUUUACAUGCCCUUAUAAGCCUCCUCCUGAGACUCCUCGCAUGCCUGUCGCUCAAAAUAUUAAGGUGGACCAUCAUCCUGGUGGUGGGCACUGGUUUGCUGCUGGUCUAUCUCCUAAUGUUCAAGGCAAGAUGAGGAAUUCCAUGCAUAACAGCCCACAUUUUCCGAUGGUUCCAUAUUCACAUGCAAGUAGCUAUGGUACUGUAGGAAGCCAUGGUAGCUAUAAUGAUGGCUUGGGCCUUGGAAGUAGCUAUGGAAGUUAUGGUGAUAGCAACAAUAUGCUGGCAUAUUAUUCACCAGUUAAUCAUUCUGGAAUAAAUAUGCAUCCACAGCAUGGUCAGUCUAUGCUUGGUGGUAGCCCUGAUGCAAGGCAGAGAUUUGUCCAAUAUUCACAUGGAAAUGGGCUUGGUGUAAGCCCCUCGGCAGGGAAUUUUGCUCCUUUUCCACUCGGUGCAAGCCCCUCACAGUUCACUCCUCCAGCCUCUUACAAUCAGGUUUCAGCUGGUUCUCCUGGACAUUAUGGUCCACCUUCUCCUGUAAGGAACAGUUGUCAUGGAUCGCCUCUGAGUAAAAUGACAGCAGCUACUCAAUUCAAUAGGAGAAAAAAUUGGGGACAACAUUUUGAGAAUCCAUGCUCUAGCCAAGGUGAGGGAAUUGUCUUGGCCCCUGGUGGUCAGCCGUCACACCCGCUUCCAAAUUCUAGUACUGCUAGCUGGAUGCAGCAACAAGGGGGCAGUUUUGUCCCAGGUCAAUCUUUGGUUCAGAAUGUGCCAGGCUCGUCGAGAUCUGGUAUUAGCAUUCCAUUUUCACAAAGCACUGGAUUAGAUCAUGACAAGCCUGAGGAUAAUCUGUUAUUGCCACACCCGGGGGAUUGGGAUCCAAAUUACAGGUGA